CUCCAUGAAUUUUUGGACCUUUCCACAGCCCGCUAAAACGGCUGCAAUACCAGACUUGGCCGCUAAGCGGAAGUAUGCACUGUCCCUAGGCGCUCUGACGGAAGAAGAGGACGGAGAAGAAGAAAGGGAAGAAGACGCAGCCCGGAAUCUCCACUACUAGAUCAACUCCCACCCUGCGGCCCCCCGCCCGGCCCCUGCUCCUCAUGGCGAGGGUCUUCGUCUACGGCACCCUGAAGCAGGGCCAGCCCAACCACCACCGCAUGUUGGACCCCGCCCACGGCCACGCCCACUUCCUGGCCCCCGCCCGCACCCUGGACCGCUAUCCGCUGGUCAUCGCCGGGGACAACCACAUCCCCUACCUCAUGAACCUCCCCGGGGAAGGGGUGCGGGUGUGGGGGGAGGUCUACCGCGUGGACGAGCGCAUGCUCGGCUUCCUGGACGCCUUCGAGUGCGUUCCCGCCAUGUACCAGCGGACGGUGGUCCGGCUGGAGGUGGAGCGAUGGGAGAAGGGGGCGUGGCCAGAGUCGUCCAAUGAGGACAUGCCGCCCGAGGGGGGCACGGUGGAGGCGCACAUGUACAGCACGACCACGUUCGAGCCAGAGUGGCGUGCGCUGCCCACCCACGAGAGCUACGACGCGCACGGGGAACACGGGCUGGUGUACGUUGACCGCGAGUCAAGGCAAUGAAAUUAGGCAUGCCCCCCUGUUUUGUAACCCCCCCCCCCCCCCCACACACACACACACCCCCCACGCACACACCUUCAUAUACUUUGUGAUGUGUAGUAUGUACUAGUGCUGAUUGAUUAAUCAAAUUCAUACCGCAUUCGCAAUGUAAUGGAACGCGAUUUGCAAAUCAGGAAGGCUUUGAUUAAAAAAAACGAAUGUUUUACUUUUUCUUUUACAAUUUUACUUUUUUCAAUAGUUAUAAUAUAGUUAUAAUAUCAAUUCAUCUCAACACAUAGGCCUGGCCUAAGGGAAAGAGCAGUUUAUAUGUUGACGGCUUCCAAUGUUAUGUUGGUCAUACUGUAGAAUGAUUUAUUGAUUGUUUACUGAGUAUUACAGAAUAUAAAGGAACUUUAAAAAGAAAAAUCGUUUGCUAAAUCGCAAUAUUGGUCGGAAUAAUCCCAAUUCGAUUAUCACCCCAAAUUGUUCAGCCAUAUGGUCCAGGUCGAAGGGAUUCAAACAUGGACUCCUCUCUGCUCCUUCUGUGUGUGUGUGUGUGUGUGUGUGUGUGUGUGUGUGUGUGUGUGUGUGUGUGUGUGUGUGUGUGUGUGUGUGUGUGUGUGUGUGUGUGUGUGUGUGUACUUAUGUAUGUACAGUAUAUGUAAUGUGUGUGUGUGUGUGUGUGUGUCUGUGUACGUAAACAUGUAAUGUGUGUGUGUGUGGGGGGGGAUCAACCGUGGAGUGUACUGGACUCUUCUCUGCUCCUUGAUCAGAGUGGUGAAAAUGGAUAGAAAAGAAUAUACCUCUACUUUGUUAUAAUGUAAAACGUUGACCAGAUAAAUGCAUUGGAUAAUAAUUAAUUAACCAUUAAUAACCAAUUAAUAAACCAAUAAUGGUUUGCAAUCAUGCAUAUAGAGGCAGCCAACCUACCAUAUCUAAAUCUGUCGUUUUUGAGAGAGGCCUUACUCCCAAUGAGCCAACUGGGAUUUACCGUAUAAUAAUCUUAAAUACACCAGAAAAGACAAGCUUGUAAAACCUUGCUUGCACAUUGUGCAUGUUUGUGUGUGUGACAGUAAAAUAUAUUUUUUAAAAGCCUGAAACAACUACAAUCUAGAAGGUGUGUGUGUGUGUGUGUGUGUGUGUGUGUGUGUGUGUGUGUGUGUGUGUGUGUGUGUGUGUGUGUGUGUGUGUGUGUGUGUGUGUGUGUGUGUGUGUGUGUGUCAGCUGUAGGGCUAUCAAACAAGGUGACCGCCUCACUUUUUAGAUAUAUUAUGGGCUUUGAACUUUUUCAUUUUAAUUUAAAAAGGAUUCAUUAAUGAAGAAUUUCCUGAAUCGAAGCUUCAGUUGACUGGUGGAUUUAAACUGCAACCAUGGUUUCUCUAUCGAGCAGUAGAGUACAGGACAGCCACCAUAUUUGAAGUCCAAUGUCUGGCACGAAAGAAACAUGGACGCAAACAUAAAUUAUAUUUUGGAAUUUCUAAAUGUUUGUUCCUCUAAGGAUGACCAAAGCUAACGUACCGGACUCCUAAACAAGUUACAGGCAUUUAAAAUGCAUUUUAAUGCAUGUACAUCCAGAAUCACAUUGUAAAAUCCACUCUGAACCCAUCAAUAUGUGAAAUGCCAUAAUGGUCUACCUCAAUCAUCGUUAUGUACAUGUAGUGUAUUACCUGAGUACACACAGGACUUCAACCAAUCAAAUGGGAUUUUGCGGGAAAUAGUUUUCAAAAUAGGUGACAAAUAAAUCAGAAUCACAGUGAUUUAUAGAGGUGUAUUUAAACCGAACAGACAAGUUCAUAUUUGUUGAUUUGAAAGUAUGCUUUUAAGACAUUGAGGGUGUGAUUUCAUUCUGAUAUACUGGAGAAAUUUAAUUUAAUUUUUCAUCUGUUUUUUCUGUAUGUGUAGCCCCCCAAAUAAAUUAAACAUUCCACUGGUUAUAAAUCCUGUUGUGCUGUAAUCACUUGUGUGAAGUACUGGUUACCCAAUUAAAAUAUUCACAAGGCAUUAGGAGGCAAUGUAAACCUCACACAUUCUGACUCUGAGCCCUGUUUCAGGUAGCUGGUUUUGAGGCAACCCCGAGUUUGUUCGCUCUGAGUUAGUGGAAACUCUGGGUUUUCCGUUUCAGGUAGCAGGUUCAGCGCAACCGAGAGUUAGUUGCUGCGGCAACAUACGCCGUGGACCUAACCUGCUCGGGAGGUGGUUAGACCUACUCUGAGUUUGUUGUCUAUAAGGCUGAAGGCAGCUCUCCGACAGAAGGAAGUGUUAGAAAUGGCAUGUCCUUUUCUACGAGAGCCUGUGGACGUAGAGGCUGCGAUCCUCAGAAGGAAUCUCCGUGAGGAACGAUUAUUAAGACCCCGGUUGGAUAUACUUUAUUUUCCUGAUAAUUUUCUUCACGAGCGCUAUCGUUUUUCAGCGCAAUCUAUCAUUUAUUUAGACCACCUUCUCAGCCCCCAUGUUAACUGUCAAACGCACCGGGGGCAUGCUUUAAGUUUAUUUUUUAUUUUUUUAUCGCAAUUAACGCAUGUGCAGAAUGAUCCGCCCCGUGCAUCCCACCCGCUCUGUACUACAGUCACUUCAACGUUGUGGCUUUCCCAUGAUCAGAGUAGCUGACUAACCACGGACCUAUAACUGCUGCAAGUCAUGAAACUCAUUUUAAGAAUGCAAGGCAGAAAAGACCCUGGUACUGCUUUUAACCAGAUGCUGUUCUUCUCUACAUGCACAUGCUCAGCAUAAUCGUCUGCAUUGUUCACUGAAGUAAAACCCUUUGAGUAAACUGUUCAACAAAAUAACUUGUCCCACCACAGCCCGUGUUCUA